GUCACUAUUGAGUUUUCACAAAAAAAGGAAAAAGGUUAUUCGAAAUUGGGAAAAAUCUAAUCAUUGCUUCAAGAAGUGGGGAACGUGGCGGGAGUAAUUCUUGGGGUCAGUUCUGAUCCACUGAAUUUGUCUCUUGAAAACUUUCCCCACACAUUGGGGCACUUUUCCUUGGAGAGAUGCAUCAUCAAUAUGUGUGUAUAUAUGGGGGACAGUGAUGCGUGAAAAUUACUUAUUUUACAGCUUCCCAUUUUUGAUUUCUUGCUUGUUUUAUGAGAUUGAUGAUUACUGGUGUUUAUUCUCUUUGUGCAAUAUCUGAAAGCAUGGUUUUGAUUUUGGUUUUAGUAGUUUUAGUUUUAGCUAAAGAUGUCCUCAAUUUUGGCUUUGGGGGUUUGUAGUUUUAGAUUUCUGGAUUUAGAUGGCAUUUAAGGGGAAAAGGGGCAUAGAUGAGAAGGAAUGUAGUGUGGAGGUGGUAGAGGAGCAGAGCCGGUGGGCAUAUUUGCCUCCGGAGUUGCUUCUUGAUAUCGUUGUUAGAGUAGAGGCUAAUCAGCGUGUGUGGCCGGCUCGGAGAUCUGUGGUGUGUUGUGCUGCGGUUUGCAAGUCUUGGAGGGGGAUAGUUAGAGAGGUCGUUCGGAUUCCCGAGCAAUGUGGUUUGCUCACUUUCCCUAUGUCUCUUAAGCAGCCCGGCCCAAGGGACUCUCCGAUACAGUGCUUUAUCCAAAGGGAAAGGGCAACCUCGACUUAUAGGUUAUACCUCGGCUUAACCCCUGCUAUUUCUGGGGAAGCCUGUAAGUUUCUGUUAGCAGCGAAACGAAUCAAAAGAGCGAUGAAAACAGAUUUUGUCAUAUCUUUUGCAGCAAAUGAGUUUUCUCACACCAGUGAUUGUUAUGCAGGAAAACUAAGAUCCAACUUUUUUGGCUCCAAAUCCUACGCUCACGAUUCUCAGCCUCCCUGCAACACUCCUAUCCAAUCUCACCGUUGGUUGGGGAAACGAAUUUCCCCCAAGAAGGUGGCACCAAGAAUGCCUAUUUGCAGCUUUAAUGUUGCAACCAUUGCUUACCAACUUAACAUUCUCCGCACAAGAGGGCCAAGAAGGAUGAACUGCACGAUGCACACGAUUCCAGUAUCAUCAACUGACGAAGGUGGAAGUGCGACAUUUGGUUAUGGUCAUGAUGAAACUUUAAGCCCCUUGACAGCUUCUCAAGUGAGAAAACCAGAUUUUGCUUCCGACAUCCCUAUCAGAGGCAAGUCCAAACAAUUGAACAGCAGCAUUGGUGAACCACUCAUUUUGAAGAACAAAACUCCGAGAUGGCAUGAGCAGCUGCAGUGUUGGUGUCUCAACUUCAGAGGACGUGUUACUGUGGCAUCGGUCAAGAAUUUUCAGCUUGUAGCUGCCGGGGACUCAUCAGAGAAUGUUCCAGCUUCAGAACAAGAGAAUGUCAUCUUACAAUUCGGGAAGAUUGGAAAGGACAUAUUUACCAUGGACUUUCGAUAUCCCCUCUCUGCGUUCCAAGCUUUCGCUAUCUGUUUAAGCAGCUUUGAUACGAAACCAGUAUGUGAGUAGGCUUUUUAUUUUUAAGUUGUGGCUCUGCGAGUGCCACCCGUAUAGUAUAUACUUUUAGGUCCUGUUUUUCCGUGGAAGAAGGUAUGUGUUGCGUUCAUCCUUCAUAAGAUAUGUUUUACAUAUAAGAUGUCAAGGAUAUGGUUUCGCUUUCGAUGCUUUUGUAUUAUGGAAAAAAAUUGAACUUAAACCAUUUGGAUUUGUGUUGCUUAUGUAGAAACAUCAAAUUGUAAAUGUAAGCUAGUGACUAUGGAAAAUGUUGGUUUAUUUAUUUACAAGUGAAAAAUAUUUACAAACAAGUGUCA